UGAGAGCAGGACGGAGAGACCUGCACCUGCAGCGAGGGUCCUACACGGGACACCGCCGCCGCCGCCGCCCCGGGAACCAACGCCGCCAGGAGGAAAAUGAGUCUUGAUGGAGACAGUGAGACAGUGAUCGAGAACCCGGCAGCUGUCAAUCAACACUUUCACUCCGAGAAAACAUCGCAACCAGGGGUCGCAGAAACCAAGCGGGAGCAGAACUGGCUGAGAGGGUUUCACUCCACCACUCACGCUCACAGGCUGCUGAGGCUGCUGGCAGCUGUGUGUGCACUCGGACUCCUGGGAGGUUUGGCUGUGGGCGUCUGGUUUCUAGUGAAGCUUCUGCUGAGGCCGUCCUUGCCCCAGAGUGCAGUGGGACUUGGGGACACAAAGGAGACGACGCUCUGCAACGUGACAGAGGACAUUUCCAUCUCUGACCACAGGAAAGUGUUUUACAGAAUCAGCCCGGAGAACUCCCUGCUGGAGAUCCAGCUGGAGACGCUGCAGCGCACCUGGCUGCCCGUGUGCUACGAGAGGUGGAACUCAUCGCUGGGGACGCUGGUGUGCAGACAGCUGGGAUAUCUGAGAGUGACCCAGCACAAAGGAGUGAAUCUGACAGACAUCGGGCCAAACUACACAGACGGAUUUAUACAAAUUAGCUCGGAGAAGCAGAGCAGUCUGGAGACGAUGUGGCAGUUCAGGGGGAGCUGCAUCACGGGGAAGGUGAUCGCUCUGCAAUGUUUCGAGUGCGGGACGCGAGCGAAGCUGCCGAGGAUAAUCGGGGGGGAGGAGGCAGCGCUGGGCCGGUGGCCGUGGCAGGUGAGUCUGUACUACAGCGACCGUCACACCUGUGGAGGCUCCAUCAUCACCAGCCAGUGGGUCGUCACAGCUGCUCACUGUGUUCACAACUACAGGCUGCCGCACGUUUCCAGCUGGCUCGUCUACGCCGGCAUUGUCGCGCGCAGCUCGGCGAAAGCGCCUCGGCACGCGGGACACGCGGUGGAGAAGAUCAUCUACAACAAGAACUACGACCACAGGAGCCACGACAGCGACAUUGCUCUGAUGAGACUGAGGACGCCACUGAAUCUCUCAGACACAGUUAGACCAGUGUGUUUGCCUCAGUACGACUACGAUCUUCCAGGAGGAACUCAGUGCUGGAUUUCUGGAUGGGGAUACACACAACCUGAUGGCGUUCACUCCCCUGACACACUAAAAGAAGCACCAGUUCCUAUAAUAAGCACAAAGAAGUGUAACAGCUCAUGUAUGUACAACGGAGAGAUCACAGCGCGGAUGCUUUGUGCCGGAUACACGGAGGGAAAAGUGGACGCGUGUCAGGGCGACAGUGGGGGUCCUCUGGUCUGUCAGGAUGAAAACGUGUGGCGGUUGGUUGGCGUCGUCAGCUGGGGGACAGGAUGCGCCGAGGCCAACCAUCCGGGAGUUUACACUAAAGUGGCCGAAUUCUUGAGCUGGAUCUAUGACAUUAUUGAGAGUUACUGACACUGCUGAUGAUGAUGAUGAAAUCACUGUUGAAGACAAUCACAGAAUUCAGAGUUCAUGUUUCUACUUUCAGUGUGUGUUGUGUGACGUACACAUGAAGACAGAGCGGAGACAUCGAGGAUGCAUGUUGUCCUUUUGUUUUUCAUGUAUUAAACAUAAAU